AUGAGAUCUGUCUCCUCUUUGUUUCUUAACUCCUUCCUCGUUGUUGCUGUCGGUACAGCGCAGCCUCUUCUAGCAGACCUCUCGCGCUACCAUGGCGCUGCAGAUCCGACAGCGUGUCUCUUCGUGCUGCCUGUCUUUGGGGCAAUGCUCCUCGUGGGUUGCUUCACAUGCAAAGACAAAAGGAGACUGUCUCUUCGCCACUGGCGAAGGGCCUCUUUUCUUUGUCUUGCAGACUUGGCUCACCAGAUUCUAGAAAAGGCGGGUCUGGUGUACGCGGGGGGUGUAUUAUAUUUGAUGGCCGCGAGUUUGUCUCUCGUGUGGGUGGCCCUACUGUCUCUUCUUCUUCUGGGGCGUCGGCUGUCUCCUCUUCAGUGGCUGGGCCUCUUAGGAGUUGUUGCAGGCUUCUGUCUCCGUGUUGCUGAGCUCGAGGGGACAGCAGAUGCUGUGGGGCCCCACGUGGCUCAGGAGCUGUUCGGGGUGGCCCUUGUUACUGUCGCCCAGAUCCUUCCUGUGCGAGGCCCCCCCGAUGGCGGCUGUCUCCUGUCCGUUGCAAGCGCACGCAUUGUCUCCUGUCUCCUUUUUCUGUCUCUGCAGCACGGCCUGGCCUUUGUCUUGAGCGAGAAGUACAUGAAAGACACAAAGGAUGGCAUUGAGGGCCCUGAGCUUGUCUUUAUGUGCGGGAGACAGUUCCUGAAAGCGUUUCUCUGUCUCUUUUGUCUCCUUUUGAUGUCUCCUGAACAGAUCUUCGGGGCUUGUUAUAUGGGCCUCUUUGUUUGUUCUCUCAUUCGCUCGGGGGUGUUGUGGGUUAUCUUAAAGCAUUUAGGCUCUGUCUCCGCAGGCGUGCUUAAGGCUGUAUUGGGGGCCCUGGUGUACGCCUAUGGCUCAUCUGUAACGUCAAAGAUGAUGCAGCAGCAGCAGCAGCAGCAGGCUACAGCGGGGGGGAAGGACCUCAGCAGCUCUGAGGCCUACCGUCUCCUCUUGAACACCGUGCAGCCUGGCGCAAAAGGAGACACACGAGGCAUGCGCGCGUAA